UAAUUAUAUGUGAAUUAUGGAAAAUUAUUCAAGCUGCAUGAAUCGCGGUGCCAAGCUUUAUAACCCAAUUCAUCUGCUAAUUGUGUGCGCAAAUAUUGGUUUUAUUUGUAUCAUUCAUCAUAGCGGCAUUCGAAAUUCUGAUUGUUUCGGAGCUAUCAACGAUGAUUCUUCAAGCGCUUUUUGCACUCCACACACAACUGUCAUUGAAGUUCGCAAUGCAUUUUACAAUCUGUCUGCUAUCGCUCAUUGGCCUCUUGCCUGUCCUGCACUGCUCCUACGAUGUGAUAGCGCCUGCCCAGAACUUAACGGCUUACAUGCUCGCGCGCCAGAAGCGCCAGCUGAUUUUCCCGAGAGGAAGCUCCAUUCGCCUGUUGCUUGUCCCCGUGUCUGCCAUCCAGCUGGAUGAUCCGUAUAAGUGGCGCAGCUUUGUCGCGUUCGUGGUGGUGCACCUGGGAGGCUACAAUUUGCCUUCAGCACCCCUCUACCCGUGGGACAAAUGGGAUUCCGUGUUUUCCCGAUCUCUCAAGGAAAAGAUACGGCAGCUGGACGAAUCGCACGAGGAUGACACACGCCUCUUUGCCUACGCCGCCCUGGAGCACUACAUGGACAACGCGAGCAGCAUCCCGGGUCGUGGUCGCCAGUGCCUGCUCCGUGCCAUGUGCGAGAAUGCGCAAGUGCAUCACCAUGUGGGCAUCAUAGCCGAGCUGCUGAAUUUGUUGCUAACACCCGGCAAGGCGCGACUCGAUCAGCACUACAAGGAGGCCCACGCCGCGGGCCUGGCCGGCGUCGACUGUCUGCACCAGUUCCACGGUUGUCCCAGAGGCGCCAGCGUCUUGGAUGAGCUAACGGUGGAUGUGAAUUAUUGAGUUUCUGUUAUGGUCCAAUCUGAAAUAAACUUGAAUUAAAGAGCAAACUAUGCCAAACAAUUUGGAAUGCGUUUCACAGUUUCUUUGCUAGUGUAAGCUGACUUCACUGCCACGCCCCCCGAGCAGGUUGCGGCUGCGGCAUGCUGAGAGCUAAAUGCUGUGCAGCGAGCGUCUGACCGCCAUUUUUCAACAAUGGCUUCAAUUAAAUGGAAAUGCAGCAACAACAACAGCAACAACAACUACAUCUAGUGCAACUACGACAGCUGAAAGACAGACAAUAAAUGCGUCUUAAGUGCCACAUUAGGCUUGCCAGGUGGCUAACGCGCUGACAACAACAGCGACAACAUCGCCCGGGUGCAACGGGUGCUCCACUCCAGCGCAGCUCCAACAACAGCCUCUGCAUAGGCAGCAGCCUCCAGCUGCAGUUGGAGCACCCUGUACGACUAUCGCUCGCCGUUUUGUAUGCACAGCUAAUUCAAAUGCGAUUAUGACAACGCGAACAACGCUGCUGCUCGGUGGGGCGGCUACUCGGUGGGUGGACAGUGUUGACAGGGAGUUAAGCAUAGCUAUAUAUAGAAGGAGAGAGGGAGACAGAGAGAGCGAUAUAUAUAUAGAGAGAGAGAGAGAGAGUGAGAGCAGCAGCAGUUGUGCAACUUUGCGGUAUUUGAACUUCUGAUGUCGCAUAGGAAUAGGUAACAAUCCAGCGGCAGAGACGUUAGUGCGCACAGCGAAUUCGUGAAAUGGAGAACUGGAAUGAAAAUUCAAAGAAUAAUUUGGUGAGUGUUGCUCGAGAACCAGUUCAUUCAGUUUAAGGUAUCUGAAUCAAAAUAUUUAAAUACAUAUGCAUGUAUAUUAAAUGUAUGUAUAUAAUCAGCUCCUUUCUGAAGUGAGAGGUAAAAGCUCGUCAAUAAUAAUUCCGAUUUCCAUUUUGAUCAUCCAAACAAACAAACAAAUGAAAUUGUAAUAUUUGAAGUUAUAGUUGAAUCGCAUAUUCAAGUUUUCCUAGUUUUUGAUCUAAUCGAGCUCUGUUGGCAGACAGAGGUAAAAUUAUUUUAAAAUUCGUGUCUAAUGUUAAUUAAACUAAUCAGGUUUGCUUCUGUGUCCAGAAAUGGAUGUGAUCAAAAUAUAUGAGAUUCUGUAGAGUAGUAACUAAAAGUUUUUACCAUAAUGCCGAAAUACCGCUAAUUUCAUUUGAGGAACCCUCGUGUAAACUGUAAUGUUUGUUUAGCCUUUGUGUGCUAUAGGUUUGCUUGUGCAGCCGCCCCUAUUGCCUUUUCCUGCCGCAUUCCGCAUGCCACAUGCCGCAUGCCACAUGCCGCAUGCCACA